CUCAAAAUGUCCUCCCCUGUUUUCUUCUCCCUUUCACACCACCUUCACUUUCUCAAAAACACUCAAUCUUCUCUUUGUUACUUUCAAUUCAAUUCAAUUAAGCAAACCAAAAACCAAAAACCAAAAAAAAAACACUAAACUUCUGAUCUUGAACUUUGUAGAGUCUGACAAUCUGAAAAGGGAAAAAAUGAGUGGAAUUAUGGAAAAUGCAGUAGGCGGUCUAAUCGCAUCAGAAACUCACGGUAUACUCGCAAGAUUACUGUCACGAAUUAGCGAAGAAAUCAAACUGGGGUUGAGUUUUAACAGAGAAUUACAACAACUUGAAACUCAACUCACAACAUUAAGUUUAUUAUUACAAUCUACUUCCUUUCAAUCCAACAACAACAACCUUUUACUGGUUAAUUGGCUCAACAAAGUUAACAACAUAGCCUAUGAUGCAGACGAUUUACUCGACGAGUGUUCAUAUGAAGCUCUAAAACAGAGUACUCUAACCAGAAAAGCUAAACACAAGCUUAAAGAUCGAGUUAGUUUUCCCUUUUCGCGCCAUUUUAUGGCACGAAGAGUAAGAGAGAUGAGGAAAUUGAUAGAAAGUGUGUAUUGUGAUGCUAAGAAACUUGGAGUUAAACCUAUUAAGGUUGUUAAUGGUGAUAAUAGUUCUGAGAUUGAAGAUGGGAAGAUACAACAAAAUCGGCGAAAAUGGGUGGAUGAUCAGUUUCUUGUUGGAAGGGAUGAUGAUAUAACUCGGAUUAUGGAGUUGCUAUGUCAUCCAAGUAAUAAUACAAGAGAUCUUACUGUCGUUGGAAUUGUUGGCUUGGCUGGCUUAGGAAAGACGGCAUUGAGCAAACGAGUUUCCAAGGCAAAACAAGUGAUGGAAUGCUUCAAUUCCCAUGUUAUUUGGCUAGUUGUUUCUUACACCUUUGAUCAAACAGACAUUUUGAAGAAAAUGGUUCAACUCCUUUACAAAGAAGCUUCAAAUUUGUCAGAUAGUCUAGCAAUAGUUAAAAAACUUCAAGAAAAGCUAAACGGAAAGAGGUACUUACUUGUACUAGAUGAUGUUUGGGAUACAUUUGAUUGGGAACCAUUUAGGUGUGCUUUGCAAGAGAUAGGUGGAUCAAAAGGUACUAGCAUGUUAGUGACUUCGCGAGCCAAAAAUGUGGUGGCAAAGAUGGAUACAUAUGGUGAAAUAGCCUUACAAAAGGCGGCCAUCUAUCAAAUAAAAGGGUUGAAUGAGUACGAUAGUUGGUCAUUAUUGGUGGCCAGAAUGAGGGGUGAUGACAACCUAGUAGCCGCGAGUGGUGAGGGAUAUGUUAUAGCAAAGAGGAUGAUGAAGAAAUGUGGUGGUGUUCCUUUAGCUAUUAGAGCACUUGGGGACUUGUUAAGGGAUCAAAGUAUAAAGAAGUGGAGAGAAAUUGAGGAAAGUGAUGUUUGGGGUAAGGAAGAUAAACUUGGGAUUUUGCCUUCAUUGAAACUAAGUUUCCAUUACUUGCCAAACAUGGGUUUGAAAAGAUGUUUUUCCUAUUGUGCCAUUUUCAAGGAAGAUGAGGUGAUUGAAGGGGAGAAGUUGAUUCAGUUGUGGAUGGCUCAAGGGUUUUUGCAACAUAGUGAUAAAAUGGAGCUUAUUGGGAAAGAGUACUUGUACAUUUUGUUAAAUAGUUCUUUCUUCCAAGAAGCUGAAUUUGAUGAGUUUGGGAGUGUUGAAACGUUUAAGAUACAUGAUCUUGUAUUGUCUCUUGCUCGUGUUGUUGCUACUGAUCUCGAGUUGUUGAAUUUGGGAGAGAAGAAGAUACAUGAUGAUCGUUCUACUACUGCCACAUUCUGUAAGAAGUUCCGUACAUACUAUUACAGUCAACAGUCCUUUUAUCAGCGGCUGUAUAAAAGCUUAAAAUUCAUAAGUCUGUCUAAGAACUUAAGGGUGUUAUGUUUGUGUAACCUAGGACUUAAAGAGUUACCAGAGUCGGUGAGUUGUUUAAAGCAUUUGAGGUACCUAGAUAUCUCCGGGAACGAAUUCGUGACACUUCCAAAGGUGAUCACUAAACUUUACCACUUACAAACAUUGAGGGUUUUGUCUAAUGGUACAUUAUAUGGAAGCAAACACUUCCCUAUUGUUACAAAAGAAGUUGGUAAUUUAGUAAAUCUAAGGCACAUUUGUGCAGGAAAGUACCAAGAAAUCGGGAUCCCGGUUGGUUUAGGUCGUUUGAGUGCCCUACAAACUAUACCAACAAUCGAUUUGAGAGAAGAUUGGGGUGGUAGAUUAAGUGAGUUAGGUUCAUUGAGUAAACUUAAGGGUACAUUGAAAAUCCAAGGUUUAGAAUGUGUAAAUGGCGUUGAAGAAGCACAAACUCUUAACUUAAGAAGGUUGUUGAGUGUUGAUAGGUUAAUCCUAAAAUGGUCAAUAACUCUAGGUAAAUCAUCAUCAUCAUCAUACCAUAUGAAUGAAAUCCUGGAAGUGUUACAACCCCAUGAGAAUCUAUCAACUCUUGAAGUUUCAUUUUACGGUGGCACGAUUCUCCCUUUCUGGUUUACACUAUACAAUCUCGUAUCUUUGAAACUGAAUCACUUUACACACGCCGAGGGAAAUCUCACCCUGGAAAACCUCCCCAGUUUGAGGUUUCUGUCAGUAAAAAAUUGUUACUGGUUGAGUAUUACAUUUCCAAUACACGGGUUCAACUCCUACUGCAGACACCUUGAAGAACUGAUAAUAGAUGGUAGCAACAUUGAUAAUCUUCCAGAUCUUUCGCCAUUAACACACCUUCGUGUUCUAGUUCUUGCAUCAUGUCAGGGCGGAAGCAACAGAAGAAGGAACAACAGGAUUGAGCUAACAGGGUUAGCUAGUCUGACACGUUUAACAACUUUAUAUACUGAUGAAUUAUUACCAGCAGACUUGUGUAAAAACAGUCCUGUUUGCUCGUCUCUUCUUCGAAUGGAUUUGGCAUGUACGGAGUUUUUGUGUGAUGACAGUUCUCUUUGCUCGUCUCUUCCUCAGCAGAUUCAACAUUUAGUAGGAUUGCAGAGUCUGGGAAUAAGUGAAUUUGAGUGUCUCGAAUUGUUACCGGACUGGUUAGGGAAAUUAACGUGUCUUAAGACGUUGAGGCUUGUUUCGUUGCCGAAAUUGAAGCGUCUUCCUUGUCAAGAUGUUAUGCAACGUCUGCGUAGUUUGCAGUAUUUACAGGUUAGAGGAUGUCCAUUGUUGGAGGAACAACUUAGCUCAAAGAAUGGAGAGUUGUUCAAAACUACCCGUUUGCUAGAUGUUAACUGGUUGAAUACACAGAGGGAGGCGUCAUCAUCAGUUGAACGAUCAUUUGUGCAGGGUAUAUUUAACGUAAUAUCUGAAAACAAUAUCAGAUUCUCAAUAUAAUUUAUAUAAACGAAUUUGAACUUGUAUAAGACGAAACACAUGAGAAAGUUUACAUUAUACUCCGCACUCCGUUCUAAAUGAUUUUAGUCACUAAAUAAUCUUGUUUUGACUUUUUUCAA